CGCGCGGUUUCACGGUCUCAUAAACGGUCAGCGAUUCCAGCUUCUCCCUCCCUCUGACACUCUCCCACUGACGAGGCUGCUCUGCUCUUUCAGAUAAUGCUUUCUCUUAUUGCUCAACAAUCCUUACCUUCGUAUCUCAACGUACGCUUUGAUAAGAACACGUUUUCCUCCGCUCGAAUUUUCCGGGAAAGUAGUAGAUCCGAAGGCCUUCUUAUCUAUAGGCAUGGUCGACUCAGAAGCAACUCUGGAAAUUUUGCAUUCUAUUCAGUUAAGUGCAGACUUGCCAGGGCGAGCGAGUCUCCUUCCUCAAGCACUGAUACAUUGAUAAAGGAACCUCACAAGUAUUUUGAUCAGGUUGUCAUCACAGUUCGUGCGGGAGAUGGAGGCCAUGGUGCUAUUCUUAACAUGCCUAAUCAGAGGGCUGGUAAGUCUCAAGGAAAACAUGACAAAGAGAAGGCAAGGAAGAAAAGUUUGUAUAAAAGGGAUUUUGAUGGGUCACUUAUCCUUCCUAUGGGUGGGCAUGGAGGUGAUGUCGUAAUAUAUGUGGAUGAAGGUAAAGAUUCAUUAUUGGAAUUUCACAAGAAAGGCCGGUAUAAUGCAAAACGUGGCGGAAAUGUUGAUGCAAUGGGUGUUUUGACUUCACAGUUGCAUGAUGGAUUCUCUGCACCAACUUUGCGUAUUCCUGUGCCUUUAGGAACGGUUGUGAAACGUAAACGGGGGAAGUUGUUGGCUGAUCUAGCGCGUCCAGGUGACGAAGUCCUUGUUGCAAGGGGUGGACAAGGAGGGAUUAGCUUGGUAGAUUUGCCAGAGCAUCAAAGGAAAAAGUUGUUGGCUUUGACCACAAAUGUGAUGAGAGAUGAUAGUGAUAAGGUUUUGGUUCUUGGUCAACCUGGGGAGGAGGUUAGUUUGGAGUUGAUUCUCCGAGUUGUUGCUGAUGUUGGUUUAGUUGGACUUCCAAAUGCUGGAAAGUCAACCCUUUUGGCAGCCAUUACUCUUGCAAGACCUGAUAUUGCUGAUUAUCCUUUCACAACAUUAAUGCCAAACCUUGGACGCCUUAAUGGGGAUCCUAGUCUAGGGGCAGGAAUGUACUCAUCUGAAGCAACAUUGGCUGAUUUGCCUGGUCUUAUAGAAGGUGCUCAUCUAGGGAAGGGUCUUGGUCGCAAUUUCUUGAGGCAUCUAAGGAGGACUCGGCUAUUGGUUCAUGUUGUUGAUGCAGCUGCUGAGAACCCUGUUAAUGACUACAGAACAGUUAAAGAAGAAUUGCGAAUGUACAAUCCUGAGUACCUUGAACGACCAUACAUUGUGGUGCUAAAUAAGAUUGACCUUCCAGAGGCAGUGGACAGGCUUCCAUCUUUGACUGAAGAAAUAAUGAAGAUUGGAAGUGAUGGCGUAUCUACUGAGCCAGAAAUAAGCACUGACGAUGCUUGUCUGUCAUUUCCCUCUGAAGGUGGACAAUCAGAUGUAUCUUAUCCAGAGAUUAGUAGUAAAGAUAAAAAGGAUAAAGAAAUCGAGGACUAUCCAUGCCCUCUUGCUGUUGUAGGAGUUAGUGUUCUGAAAGGCAUGAGGAUAAAUGAGAUGUUGAAGGAGAUAAGGGUAGGCUUGAGGAAGUGCAGAGAUCCCGAUGAAGCUUUGGAGUUGAGUGUACGACCAUGAGAGUGUUCUUAAAGUUUCUGCCAAUUUGCACCACCUCUUUUACGCCCUUUGGAUUGGGGUCGUUGUAAACCAAAAGGAUAACUCAAUCGGUUGAGAAUUAUGUCUCAUGAAGCAGGAGUUACUAGUUCACAUCUCUUCCUCCUCUCCUUGGGUCAAUUACUUGUAUAUAUAUAUAUAUAAGCAUUUGAAAGCAUUGGAGGUUCAUAUGAUUGUUUUUCCUUCUACGUAUGAUGGAUGUGGCUUUUGAGAGAAUUACACUUGGUUAUAAUGAUUUGGUGGUGGGUUCGAAAUGGUUUUAUGGGAAAAGCAGAUGGGUAGCCAUAAUUAUCUUGUUCUGAGGCAAAAUUUGAUUUUGAAACAUAUUAUUAAGUUUAAACCAAAGCUUUUUACUAGCUAA